CCUCCCGCGGGGCUCUUCAGUCAGCCUUCGCCCGUCCAGCGGCGAGGUCUGCCCUUGCCCCGAGAGCUCCCACCACCCACCACCACACAGGGGCAGACGCGUCCACCCCCGCCGGACUCUCCGCAGAAGAGCCCAACCACCACUCAACAUGCACGCCAUCGCCUGCCUGAGCGUGGCCGUGCUGGCCAGCCUGGCGCUGGUGGUGCCCAGCACCGAGGCGCAGGCCAAUGUCGCUCAGCUGCAGUACCUCUUCGACCGGCCUUCGGAGCCGAUCUUCCUGCCCAAGGAGAGCGACAGGGGAGACAAGAAGGUCGUCUUCGACGUCCCCAGGGAGUACCUGACCGACCGCCAGAAGAAGCUGAGCACGCAGGUCAUCAACCGUUUCGGCGAGAAGGCCGAGCGCAUCUCCGUCCGCAAGAUCACCCUGCCGGACCUCAGCAUCCCCGGCCAGCUGGACCGGCGCGCGCAGUUCUCGCUGUUCCUGCCGGAGCACCGCAAGCUCGCCAGCAGGCUGAUCAACAUCUUCAUGGGCAUGCGCAACCUGGACGACUUCCUGUCGGCCGCCGUGUACGCCCGCAGCCACCUCAACCCCUAUCUGUUUGUGUACGCCUACUCCGUGGCGCUGCUGCAUCGUGACGACACCCGGAACGCGCACCUGCCUCCGCUCGCCGAGCUCUUCCCCGAGAAGUACGUCAACGGCGACCUGUUCGCCCGCGCCAGGGAGGAGACCAACACCGUCCUGGACCCGCAGCAGCGACUGCCCAUCAUCAUCCCCAAGGACUACACGGCCUCCGACCUGGAGGAGGAGCACAAGGUGGCCUACUUCCGCGAGGACCUCGGCAUCAACCUCCACCACUGGCACUGGCACCUGGUGUACCCCUUCGACGCACCCAUCGAGAUCGUCAGGAAGGACCGGCGCGGAGAGCUGUUCUACUACAUGCACCAGCAGGUGCUGGCCAGGUACAACAUGGAGCGCUUCAGCAACGGCCUGCAGCGCGUCAAGCGCCUCAUCGACCUGCGCGAGCCUAUCGCCGAGGGCUACUUCCCCAAGCUCGACAGCCUGGUGUCCUCUCGCGUCUGGCCCGCCCGUGCGUCCAACACCCGCCUUUCCGACAUCUCCCGUGACGGAGACCAGAUCAAGUUCGAUCUGCAGGACAUCGAGCGUUGGCGCGACCGCAUCUACGAGGCCAUCCACAGCGGCGCCGUCACCACGGACCAGGGCAGGCGGCAGAACCUGACCGAGUUCGGCGGCGUGGACGUCCUGGGCAACAUCAUCGAGUCCAGCAUCAUCUCGCCCAACCGCGCGCUCUACGGAGACAUGCACAACUUCGGCCACAUCGCCAUCGCCUUCUCCCACGACCCGGACAACCGCCACCUCGAGUCCUUCGGCGUGAUGGGCGACUCCACCACGGCCAUGCGCGACCCCGUGUUCUACCGCUGGCACGCCUUCGUGGACGACAUCUUCCAGGAGCACAAGCGCACGCUGCCGGCCUACACGCAGCAGCAGCUCGACUUCCCCGGCGUGCAGGUCAAGGGCCUGGAGGUGAACACGCCCGGCGCGCGCCGCCCCAACGAGUUCUUCACCUUCCUGCAGCAGAACGACAUGGACCUGUCGCGCGGCCUCGACUUCACGCCCCGCGGGCCCGUCUUCGCCCGCUUCACCCACCUGCAGCACCGCCCCUUCACCUACAAGAUCACCGUGGAGAACAACGCGCCCGGCCAGCGCAUGGGCUACGUCCGCAUCUUCCUCGGCCCCAAGUUCGACGAGCGCGGCACCCCCAUGCUCUUCAGGGACCAGCGCACCUUCAUGGUGGAGCUCGACAAGUUCCCCAUCAACCUGAGCCAGCGCACCAACACGAUCGAGCGCCGCUCCACCAUGUCCUCCGUCACCAUCCCGUUCGAGCGCACGUUCCGCAACCUGGACCAGAACAGGCCCGGCGCCGGCGACCAGCUCGAGCAGUUCAACUUCUGCGGCUGCGGCUGGCCCCAGCACAUGCUCAUCCCCAGGGGAUCCCCGCAGGGGCUGCAGGCGCAGCUCUUCGUCAUGAUCACGGACUACUCGCAGGACAAGGUCGACCAGCCCCUAGAGGGCAUGUGCAACGACGCGUCGUCGUACUGCGGCGUCCGAGGCCAGCGCUACCCCGACCUCCGGCCCAUGGGCUUCCCCUUCGACCGCAGUGCUCGCCAGGGCGUCGACCAGCUGCGCUCCUUCCUGACCAGGAACAUGUUCAUCCAGGACGUCGUCAUCAAGUUCCAGGGAGACCGCGUCGAAGCCCCUGCCAGCCGCAACGCGACGACCUUCAACGGCUAGUGCGAGCGCCCCCGACCGAACAAAGACAAUAUGACACUUCAAACCAACUGUGAUUGUAACAAGAGUAAUCUUGAGUGAAAUUUCAAGCUGAUGAUCUCGGUGAAAUAAGAGAACGAAAGUGCGACGCCCCAGCUGCGACUUAGACAAUAGACAACUACUCCGAAGACUUUUUUUUAACUCCCCGUUAGAGUUGCUGUUUCCGACAAAUCGACUUAUUCAUUGUAAGACUGUCAACAAUAAAAAAGCAAAUUGUGAUUUGAAUGAAA